UUGGCCAAAUAGACGUAUAUAGCAUUAAUUUCCACAUUAUUUUGUUUAAUAAUUGAUAAGCUUUUGAGGCAACAUCAACACAUUUUGCUUAUCCUCCACUGAAUUUGCCAGCUACAAAACGUUAAAUAGCACGAAACAUUUCAAAAAUUUUGCAAAGUGCAAAAACGGAAGAGAAUGAAUUUUUGGCCACAAAUAGAGUUAUUUGGGCUGUUUUAUCGUCAGAAUCAAUAGCGGAGCGUCCGCCACAAGAACGCUAGCCUAAUGAUCGAUACAUGUAUACCCGUUACCAUAAUUAAAGGCAUCGAAUGCUAAUUUUAGCUCACGUCAUUUAUACAUUAAAAAAGUAUUGUGAUUCAACAUUUGAUAUUACCAGUGGUGAGUCCAUCGGACUACAUGCUAGACUAGUGAGAGAAAAAAAAACAAAUAAACGCAAGUGAUUAACGCGAACUAAAAUAAUUGUCUGAAUUUUUCAGUGUGUUUUCAAAUGUUAUCUUUUUAAAAAUCAAUUUUAGACGGUUACUUGUGUAAGUGUUUCUUUCAUUGGUACAACGAACAGGUGUGUGUGUGCGUGUAUAAGUAUAGAAAAAAACCAUAUGCACCAUCCACCAAAAAAACAACGAGAUUUGACAAUGUCACCGACAAUGCAAGGACCGCAUUCUUCCGUUAAAAUGCCACAAUUGCAGCCGCAACGGGCAAGUCUUCCAGGCAACAUGCAACCACAUACCUCGAUAUCAAUGUACUCUCAUGCCGAAGAUGAGCAAAAAGCGGAUUCAGAAUCUUGUGGAAAGGCAUUAAUAGUGCUGUCUUGGGUGCUUGUCUGCAUUACGAUGCCAUUUAGUCUUUUCGUAUGCUUUAAGGUUGUACAAGAAUAUGAACGAGCUGUAAUAUUCCGUUUGGGUCGGCUGAUGCAAGGUGGUGCCAAGGGACCAGGUAUAUUUUUCAUACUGCCAUGUGUUGAUGCAUACGCCCGAGUUGAUCUUCGUACUAGAACUUAUGAUGUUCCACCGCAGGAAGUAUUGACCAAAGACAGUGUUACUGUCAGUGUUGAUGCUGUAGUUUAUUAUCGCGUAUCAAAUGCCACAGUUUCGAUUGCGAACGUUGAGAAUGCACAUCAUUCAACCCGUUUGUUGGCUCAAACUACGCUGCGAAAUACAAUGGGUACGCGUCAUCUACACGAAAUUUUGAGUGAGCGUCAAACAAUUUCUGGCACAAUGCAGGUACAAUUGGACGAAGUAACCGAAGCCUGGGGCAUUAAGGUGGAGAGAGUCGAAAUUAAAGAUGUUCGUUUGCCCAUUCAGUUACAACGUGCAAUGGCAGCCGAGGCCGAGGCAUCACGUGAGGCUCGUGCUAAAGUCAUUGCGGCUGAAGGUGAACAGAAGGCAUCACGAGCAUUGCGCGAAGCCAGUGAAGUGAUUGGUGACUCACCAGCUGCCCUUCAACUCAGAUAUCUUCAGACUUUGAAUACCAUUUCGGCUGAGAAGAAUUCAACGAUUGUAUUCCCAUUGCCGAUUGAUUUAAUAACAUACUUUUUGAAAUCACAUCAAAAUGAUGUCUAAAUGAUAUUUGCUUAACCAUUUUGGGGUGCCAGUUUCAAUCUGUCCCGUUUGAUUCGAGUACUUUUUUAUAUGCACCAAAUCACGUGAAGAAUCUGGCUUAAAUAAUAUGUAUAGCCAUACUGUGCAAUCAAUUUUCAGAAGAAAAACACUUUACCGAACCAAUUUCGCUAAACACUGAGAGACUUUUUGUUUAGUUAAAUGCCCGGAAUUGCUUUCGACCAAAAAUUCGCAUUUUCAUAAUGUAUUGCUUAAAAUAACGUAACGACUAGUAAAAUUGAUAUUGAUAAAAACGUUAUUAAUAUACCAGAAAACAAUGUCGCACUCGCCUUUUCUCAAUAAAUCAUCAUAAACGACACUUUGAUAGGUUUCAUGACAUUGUCACUUCGUUACUUUUCAAUGAAGUGAAUACAACAUGACCGAUUCGUCAUGAUAGUUCGCCUUAAAAUCGAAGGACCUACGGCAAAUGAUUACACUGAAUCAGUAACACUUGUGCAAUUUGAAAUGCUCAUGAAAAACAACUGUCAACAAAUCGAAUCGAAUGAACUAUGAGUAUUACGAGUUUCUUGUAUUGAAGAAAUACUUUUGAAACAAUGUUAAACACAUAGAUAUAGUGCCGUAAUACAUUUUAAAUGUAAGACUUCUGCCACAUUGUAGUCAAUGCCAUCUCUAAACCAACCCAUUGAAUCAUUGAAUAUUUCGUGCAACUUUUAUCAAUCGUGUGUGGCUUUACUAGAAUAUAUUCAACUUAAUGGCGAGACUAACAGCUUCUCUGUGAAGUAUAACUGCACACUAAGCAAUGUACAUUGCACACUGAUAUUUUGCAAUGGUUACUUGAUGCAUUUGUCAAAAUACUGUGAUUUUCAUAAUGAUGUGUGCACAGAGAAGCUGUAAGUGUCGCCGUAAAGUUGGUUGCAAUCUGGUCAAGCUCGAAAUAUUCAAUGAAUCAAUACGUUGGUUUAGAAAUGUCAUUGGCUGUCUUCAUGUUGUUCUGGCAAUAUCGUUAUGGUUAAUAAUAUUUGCCAAUAAUUUAUACAUUCUAAGUCUUUAAUCGAAGCGUUUGACUAAUUUGAAAUUAUUAUAUGUAAACAUGACAAAGAUUUUCUGGCACUUUCAAAUACAUGUCAUCAGGAAAAUGGACGAACUUAAUGAAUGGCGUUGAAGAAAAUAACAUUUUUAUUACCCAUAUGAAUUCUACUUAGACAAACUUCAUAAACAUUUUGAUAGGUGUUUAACAUGAUGCAAACAUUGAUUUAACAAGCAAUGCACAUUUUCUAAAAUAUUUUCCAUGUUACUAGUAAAAUUUUAACAAUUUUACACAAUAAUUUAUUUGCCAAAAUUUGGAGAAAAAGAAAUGACAAUUUUAACACGAUUUUAACACGAUUUUAACACGGUUCAUUCAAUCGGAAAUUUUGUAUUCUCAUUUACAACAGAUAUAAUGUGAGCAAAGCACAUACACAAUAUUACAAAAAUGAUGAAGCCAAACGAUUUGUUAGGGAUAAUUCAGAAUUUUCGUUCUUUUCUUCUUUGUGGACAGUGACAUGAACUGCUCAGAAUAUUCGUUGGGCAUAUUUGGAUGCGUUGUUGAAUGUCAAUCUUGAAAUUUUUUUUUUAAUAAAAAACAAAGAAAAAAUUGAAUUUCAAAAAAUCAAAUUUGCAAAAAUAAUAUUUCCUUUCGUAGGAAUAUGAGCAACAUUGUGUGAAAGAAUGACUACCAGCUUUGCCCUAUUUGAACUUUUCAUGAUAUUUGUACGUGAAAUUUAUAAGUCCAUCUAUUGAAAAAACACAAAAUCAAUGAAAGUUUAAAGUUUUUCAUAUAGAUUAUUUAUGGUAUUUACAUGUGACACAUACAGCGCCAUUGAAAAAAUUCACAAUCGUGUCAAGUUGAAAUAAGGCAAAAUAACCCAGAAAAUGGUUGUCAUUCUUUUAUCUACUAUUAACCAGUCGCUUAAUUUCGGACAUUUUGGCAAUGAUUAUCUCGAACGAAAUAGACGACAGUAGUUAAUUUUAGUUACAGUCGCCUGAUACUUAUUCUUCAGUCAAUAUGUCCAAAAUUAAACGCCUUUUUGAGAAAUGACUGAAGACGACUAUUUUCAUACAAGAUUCCGAAAACAAAUUUGACUAUAUGUGUAUUAAAUCAAUUUUAAUUGAUUUAAGCAUUCUGGAAACCGAAGUGAAAGAAUACAUUUGUAAAUUGUUGUCUAGUUUAGUACGAUUUUCGUAUGUUUUAGCACGAUUUUAGUUUUAUCCUCAAAAAUUAUCACUUCGAAUAUUCCCAGAAAGUCUCCCUUGUAUUUUAUUAAUUCUUCUGAAAAACUGAACCCCCCUCCCAAAAUUCUAGUUACGCCACUGGCCUAGGAAAACGAUCCUUAAGUUCUACAUUGAUAAAACACGUUCAACGAAUAUUCUCAGCAGUUCACAUCUAAUAUUUGUCAGUUCAUGUACUUAAACUUAUUAGUAAUUUGUGGCGCUAAAGCGAACAAUUGAAGACGAUUCAGUGGAAUCACAAAACGAAAUUGAUAUAUAAAUUAUUUGCCUACCAAAGCACUUAUUUUAUGUUUUAGUAUCUCAACAGGCUGUUACUUUUUUAGAAAAUUUAUUUCUACUGAACAAAGAAGAAAGAAUAUACAUACUGAAUGUUGUACUUAUUUUGCUAUAUUAAAAAGAUGUUCUAGAAAAAAAAAAUGUUGCACUCGAUAUAAAAUUACAUCUAUUUAUGCUUGACACGAGCCUUUUCAAAUAUUUUUCCAAUAUCGAUCGGUUGAUAUAUGUACCAUGUAUAUCAUAAUUGUGUGCAAAUCUCUAUACAACAGAUUCCUUGGCUCAUGAGGAGUAAAAAGGUGUAUGGGCAAAUUUUCACCAGGGGCCACGUUGCCCUGAUUCCACGGCUAUGGUCAUUGUGAGUGCAUUUUUAGACACAAACUCAUUGUUAACUUUUUGAAAAGAUAAAAAAUCUAUUAUAAAGAGAUUGACACACAAUUAUGAACCACUGUAUAUAUAUGAUUAUAUAUGUUGUAUUAAAUGAAGAACAUUUGUCGAGACUUACUGUAAUUUUAUAGGAUAUUGUUAACCUGAUAAAGAAGCGAUAAGAUCUUCUAUGUAACUUUUUCCAAAAAUGAUGUUGUAGUUGAAAUACAGUUGGCGCCACAAACAACUGUCAGUUAACAACAAUAACUUUGUGGUGAAUUCAAAAACAGUGUUUGAUUUCUUAAAAAGAAUGAAAAGAUUUGUUUUAAUGUCAUAUGAAUUUCAUAGAAGCACAACAAAUACUAUAUAAAAUACAAUUAAACUGAAUUAUUUGGCUGAGAAAGAGUUGAAAAUAAUUAUAACAAUUAUUAUCUGUUAUACGAUUUCAAAAUAUAUAUUCACUGCUUACGCUAUUCCACACAAACACAUUGAUGAAUUCAUAUGCAUUGAAUUUUUAUCGUUGAUCUCGAAUAAUUUCUUGUUACCAUCAGCGCGAAUUGAAAUGAAAAUAUAAAUGCGUUCGUUGUACAUUUUUCUUUGUUAGGCUUAUGCUUUUUUCUUUGGUGGUUACUAAUAUGAACGACAACUACGGGAUGAUUAUAUCACUAGUCUUGACAUUAAAGUUUUUCCAAUAUUCUUAAUGCAUUAACAGUUUGAUUUUGUUUAUUUACAACUUUUCGGUACGACUAAGAGAAACUCUGAUUCUGUUCAUUGUGUGCGAUUGCAUUAGUGUACGAUAGAAUCUCAGUAAUAAAACACAGACACUAAAUUCACCACAAAGUUGUCAGCGGUGUUUGCAAUAUCUGUCUGUAUGUGAAUGUAUAUGUGUCAAAUGGCCUAAGCAGUGUAUAUAUUGUGAAAAUAUUAAGAACAGUAUUUAAAUCCAGAUAAAUAAGAAACUUUGUGUGUAACACGGUAAACGAAUGAAAUGUUGAAUUUACCACGAAAGUAUUGACAGCGAAAUCAGAAUUUUAUAUGUAGACAGACGAAAUUGUUAUUGCAUGUAGCCAGUAUUUGGUGAAAUAUACAAAUAAUAAUAAUAUUGUGAAAUCGCACAACACAUUAUUUUUAUUUUCAACUACGUUCGGCCAAAUGAUUCGGUUUGAUUAUAAUUUAUAUAAGAUUUUUUAUGCUUGUAUGAGACAACAAAAUAAAUCUUAUCGUCUCUUUGUUUCAAAUCAAACACUGUUUUUAAAUUCACCACAAAGUUAUUGUUGACAACUGACAAUUGUUUGUGGCGCUAACUGUAUUUCAACUGCAAUAUCACUUUAGGCAAAAAUCUUACCGCUUCUUUAAUUAAACUAUUUAGUUGGUGGGUAUUUGUCACCAAAAAAUAAAAUGUACAGUAAUAAAGCGAUGGAAUAAUCUGUUUGGAUCGAAAGAACACUAUUGUUAUUCACAUUGCCAGAAACGGUUAAAAAUUCAAUAGAGUUGACAUUAUUUAAAAAAAAAUCACUAACAUUUGAAUUCAUUUUUGUAGUUCCAUUUUAAGACAAAUUUCGAUUUCUCCGAGCUGCAUUGAUUAAUUUUGAAUGAAAAAAAAAAGAAAAGAAAAAUUUUCUUCCUUCCUUAUCCAGAUCAUUUCCCAAAAAAGCGUUGAUUGAUUUUCUGGAACCUGUACGUUGUAUGUAUCCAAUUACGUGUUAUGUCAGGUAAAGAACCAACAGAAAUCUUUCAGCUCUGCUACUUGGACAAUUCGCUUUAAUGCUGUACAAUGUGCUGUAGGUUUCUUUAAGUAUUAAUGAAUAUGUUUGUAAAUUGUUCAUCAAAGAUUUGAGUCAAACAGUCAACAUGCAGAUUUUAUUCUCUUUGACCGAGGCACAACGUUUAAAAAUGACGAAAAUUCUCUUUUCAAGGAAAUUUCCCAUUUGUUGUGAUUAAAGCGAAUAAAGAUCAAUACAAAUGAAGACAUUUUAUCGAUUUAGAAUUUUAUUUGUGCGUAUAUAUAUAUAAUUUAAGACUAUUUUGAAAUAUCUCUCAUCUAUAUGUUCCAAUCGAAAUAGUCAAUGAGUAUUGAAAUGAUAUCGAACAUAAUCUACUAAUGAAAAACUAUGAAAAUUAUUGUGUAUUUAAUUGUUGCUUGAUAAUAAAAACGAUAACUGACACCUUAAAUAUAUGAAU